UAAGCCCCAUAACUCCCUCUUCUCAUCCCAGGAAAUCCCAACUCCACCAACCGAUUCCCUCUCUCUCUCUCUCUCUCUCACUCUCGCAACUCCCUUUUCUUGUCAUUUCUCUGUUUGGGUCAUUCUUUCAUUCACAUGGAGACCACCACCACCACCAAGAACGUCGAGAGUCUCUGCGUGGGCCAUGACCCGCUGAAUUGGGGAGCGGCUGCGGAGUCGCUCAAGGGCAGUCACUUGGAGGAGGUGAAGCGCAUGGUGGCCGAGUACAGGAAGCCGGUCGUCCGCCUCGGCGGUGAGACCUUGACGAUAUCGCAGGUGGCAGCCAUAGCCACCCGCGACUCCGGCGUCAAGGUGGAGCUCUCGGAGUCCGCCAGGGCCGGCGUGAAGGCCAGCAGCGACUGGGUCAUGGACAGCAUGACCUCCGGAACUGAUAGUUACGGCGUCACCACUGGGUUCGGUGCUACUUCACACAGGCGAACCAAUAAAGGCGCUGCCCUUCAGAAGGAGCUCAUUAGAUUUUUGAACGCUGGAGUAUUUGGCAAUGGAACAGAGUCGUGCCACACAUUGCCUCACUCAACAACAAGAGCAGCCAUGCUUGUGCGGAUCAACACCCUUCUCCAAGGGUACUCUGGCAUUAGAUUUGAAAUCAUGGAGGCAAUCACCAAGUUUCUCAACCAUAACAUCACCCCCUGUUUGCCACUGCGGGGUACAAUCACUGCCUCCGGUGAUCUGGUCCCUCUAUCCUACAUCGCCGGACUACUAACCGGCCGGCCCAAUUCUAAAGCCGUUGGACCCUCCGGCGAAUCCCUCGACGCCCUUGAAGCAUUCCGCCUUGCCGGUAUCGAUUCCGGGUUUUUUGAGUUGCAGCCUAAAGAAGGCCUUGCUCUUGUUAAUGGCACUGCUGUUGGUUCCGGCAUGGCUUCUACGGUUCUUUUUGAGGCAAACAUUCUUGCUGUUUUGUCAGAGAUCCUGUCCGCUAUUUUCGCUGAAGUUAUGCAAGGAAAGCCUGAGUUUACUGACCAUUUGACACACAAAUUGAAGCAUCAUCCUGGGCAGAUUGAAGCUGCAGCCAUUAUGGAACAUAUUUUGGAUGGAAGCUCUUAUGUCAAAGAAGCUAAGAAGUUGCAUGAGAUGGAUCCUCUGCAGAAGCCUAAGCAAGACCGCUACGCUCUCAGAACUUCACCGCAAUGGCUUGGCCCGCAGAUUGAAGUUAUCAGAUAUUCAACCAAAUCGAUUGAAAGGGAGAUUAACUCUGUCAACGACAACCCAUUGAUUGAUGUUUCAAGGAACAAGGCUUUGCAUGGCGGCAACUUCCAAGGCACCCCAAUUGGUGUCUCAAUGGAUAACACCCGUUUGGCUGUUGCAUCAAUCGGAAAACUCAUGUUUGCGCAAUUUUCUGAGCUUGUCAAUGAUUUUUACAACAAUGGGCUGCCGUCAAAUCUCUCUGCUAGCAGGAAUCCAAGCCUGGAUUAUGGUUUCAAGGGGGCUGAAAUCGCCAUGGCAUCUUAUUGUUCCGAGCUUCAAUUUAUGGCGAAUCCGGUCACUAGCCAUGUCCAGAGCGCAGAGCAGCACAACCAAGAUGUGAACUCUUUGGGAUUAAUCUCCUCAAGGAAAACAGGGGAAGCUAUUGAAAUAUUGAAGCUUAUGUCUUCCACUUUUCUGAUAGCACUUUGCCAAGCUAUUGAUUUGAGGCAUUUGGAGGAAAAUUUGAAGAGCAUUGUCAAAAAUACAGUGAGCCAGGUGGCUAAGAGAACUCUAACAACUGGUGUUAAUGGAGAGCUUCAUCCAUCCAGAUUCUGUGAGAAGGAUUUGCUCAAAGUGGUUGACAGAGAAUACCUGUUUGCCUAUAUCGAUGAUCCCUGCAGUGCCACCUACCCAUUGAUGCAAAAAUUGAGGCAAGUUCUCGUUGAUCAUGCGUUGACCAAUGGCGAGAAUGAGAAGAAUGCAAACAACUCCAUCUUCCAAAAGAUUGUAUCUUUUGAGGAAGAACUGAAGACCCUUUUGCCAAAAGAAGUGGAGAGUGCAAGGAUUGCAUAUGAGAGUGGGAAUCCUGCAAUUUCUAACCGCAUUAAGGAAUGCAGGUCUUAUCCAUUGUACAGAUUUGUGAGGGAAGAAUUGGGGACCGGAUUGCUGACCGGAGAAAAGGACAGGUCUGCCGGCGAGGAUUUUGAUAAGGUGUUUACAGCAAUGUGUCAGGGGAAGAUCAUUGAUCCUCUGUUGGAUUGCCUCAGGGAAUGGAAUGGUGCUCCCAUUCCAAUAUGUUAAAUUUUAUUUUUGAACCAUUGAAGGGAAGGGAAAAUGGGCGUUGCUGGCCCUUAUAACCUUCAAUGUUCAGCUUUUCCACUUUUGUGUGCUACAAUUCCACUGUCAAGAAAUAAUAUUUGAUCAAAAAAGCUAUGUUAAAUUACUCCA